GCGGACACGCGAGCCACAGGAGCGCGUCUGGUGAGGCGCGCCGAGUACGCGCUCGCCAUUCAGCCUGCAGCGUGUUCUGGAGACCCCCGGACGACAGCGCUGACGUUUCAUUUGCUCAGUUGGACCUGUUUUUUUCCAACCCAAUCUUAAAACAAGAAGACUAACUUUUUUUGCUGAAAUGCUUUGUCCUCUGAUGAUUUGCUGAUCAUGGAUCCUCUAUACAUCACUUCGCCAAACUCAAGCGUCAACUGGACCAGCGCUUCAUCGGUCAAUGACACGGAUGUGUUCUCGAACCAGUUCGUUCAGCCGGUCUGGCAGAUAGUUCUGUGGGCCAUCGCGUACUGUUGUAUAGUUCUGGUGUCGGUCGUUGGAAAUAUCACUGUCAUCUGGAUCAUUUUAGCGCACAAGCGCAUGAGAACUGUGACCAACUAUUUUCUAGUCAAUCUUGCGUUCGCAGAGGCUUCCAUGUCGGCUUUCAAUACAGUUAUUAACUUUGUGUACGCAGUGCACAACGAGUGGUAUUUCGGACUUGUUUACUGCAGAUUUCAUAACUUCUUUCCAAUAGCAGCUGUCUUCGCUAGUAUUUACUCUAUGACAGCAAUAGCCCUGGACAGGUACAUGGCUAUCAUCCACCCACUCCAGCAGCGCCUGUCGUCCGCUGAGACCAAGCUGGUGGUGGGGGUGAUCUGGGCCCUUGCGCUGCUCUUGGCUUUCCCCCAGUACUAUUUUUCCAGCACCGCUCAGCUGCCAGGACGUGCCGUGUGCUAUAUCAACUGGCCAGAGUACAGCGUGUGGGAUUUUCAAAAGACGUAUUACGUCUGUGUGGUUGUGCUUAUCUACUUUCUGCCUUUGCUCAUCAUGGGUUGUGCGUACCUGGUGGUCGGAUGCACUCUCUGGGCUAGUGAGAUUCCAGGAGACUCUUCAGACCGCUAUCGAGAGCAGCUAACCGCCAAACGGAAGGUGGUGAAGAUGAUGAUUGUCGUUGUGUGCACCUUCGCCGUCUGCUGGCUGCCCUACCAUGUCUACUUCCUGCUGCACCAGUUCCUUCCCCACUUGUUUGAGGAGCGGUACAUCCAACAGGUGUACUUAGGAAUUAUGUGGCUUGCCAUGAGCUCCACCAUGUAUAAUCCCAUCAUCUACUGUCUUCUCAAUGACAGGUUUCGAGCUGGAUUCCAGCAGGCAUUCUCCUGGUGUCCUUGUGUCCCUCAAGGUUCCUAUGAAGGUCUGGAGCUCAAGUCAACUCGCUAUCUUCAGACGCAGGCUAGCAUUUACCGUGUAAGCCGAAUGGAGACCACAGUAUCCACAGUGAUGCCGGUUAUCGAGGGGGACCUUCAGGAGAAUACAAAUCGAUGUUCCAUAGAUCUCACGUCUAACGGUUCUUCACAAAGCGCCUCCAAGACUGUAUCAGAGUCAUCCAGCUUCUAUUCGAGCAACAAUUUAGCCUAGAAAGGAGUUUAGGAGUGUUAAAAUACCAAUCUUGAGAAGGGCAAAUGAUACACAUUCCAGGGAAGGUCGUAAUGUGAAAUACAACAAACCAAAACAGGUUUUUAGGUAUUCUUGGUUUUAGGCAAACUCCAUAAUGUAUUGGGCAUCAUAACUUCUGUGGAGCAUUAAUACUGUCUGAGUCUAGCCAAAUUUUACUACUUGAGUAAAGUAAUAAACCCAGUCAGCAAUUGCUCCAGGACCCAGUGGGUUUGUUUAGGAAAACUUGACCAACUGAUCUCCUUGACAACGAUCUGUCUGCCGUUACUGCUGGUUGUUGAUGAUAUGAUAGCCAGCAUGACGACGUGGAAGAGUCUGCACCUGUUGUUGGAUAUUACUGGACUACGAAGGCGACAAUGUAAAGGAUUUGUCUGGAAGGCAGAGGGUCAUGAUAAAUAUAGCGCAGCGAGAGACAGAAAAAUGGACUUUGUACUAACAUAGCUACUUCCAUUUAUAUCGCCAUAAUUCUCUGUUAAAUCCGGAGUUUAUUAUUAGCACGCUGUUGCGUAUCAGUUGCAGCUAUACUGCCUUUACAAAGAAGACCACGUUAAAUACAUUUAAAUGUUAUUUUAAGUCUAUCUUUUUGUGUAUAUUUCAAUAACAGUGUUAUGUCAAUGAAAACCUAGCUUUUGUGGUAACUAAAAAAAGAAAGUGUAUAAACGGGCAUUCAGAUAAAGAUAUUCAUUGAGGUUGUGCUUUGUUAAUAUAACGGCGUAAUGGCCAUUUUGAUAUAUACAGAAAUUCCUGCGACAGCUACAGAUGUUUUUUAGCAUUAUCAAAAUCUGGAUUCCAGUAAAAGUUCUAGUCCUAUGUGAGGGCCAUUGUUUUUGCACAGUGGUUGUUGUAUAUCUGUGUAUAACGUCAUGAUGUUGUUUGGCGUGGUUUGUGCUUGCUUUACAUGCCUUUUCAGCUCAAAUUGUAGAGGCUCUUGCUUUGUUGGGCAGGUGUGAGAGCUGCUUUGAUGCUUGCAGAGGAACAAAAGAGCAGCGAUGUUGCACCUUUUGAACUGCUGUGCAGCUGCAUGCACUAGCAUCUCUGCUAUCGUGAUUUCUCAGCCCUCUUGAUGGACACAUGUUAAAACAAAACAAAGACAAAAACAUAGUACUGGUUAGACUUGCUUUUACAUAGCAUGACAAAUCAACAGCUGCAUGUUCUCAUCUUUUUUUUGUGUUGUCCCAAAAAGAUUUUUGAAGGCCAGAUAUUUUAGCAUAAACACAUUUUUGAGAAUUUGAGGACAUAUAUGAGAUUGAAUGGGUCCAAGUCUGGCAGUAUGCUCAUAAAGCUAAAGGAAUAGUUAGACUGUUUUGGGUUACCGUUGACUUUUUCCUACUAUGGAAGUCAGUGGUGACCAAAAAAAAAACCUGGUUACAAACUUUUUUCAAAAUAUCUUUUGAAACUACUUGAGUAAAUUAUGACAAAAUUUUCAUUUUUGGGUGAACUAUUCCUUUAAGUUGACAAUUUUUUAGCAGACACAAAUUUAAAAUCUAGUCUUUCUUUCUCCAAAUGUUAAUUCAUGUUAAUUCACGGACUAUGUUGUCAACAGAGACAUGAACAAUUUCUUUGUCCAACCAAAUGCUCUCUCUCAAAAGAAAAGAUAAUAUAUUUUUAAUUUCAGCUUUCCUCUUAAUAUUAAGUAUAUAAUCAAAAGACAGAAAAUUGUAUGUUAAAAUCAUUUAUCAUUUAUACUAGUAAAGUUGUUUAAAAAUCAACUUUUGUCAGAAAAUGCUGUCAAAGAAGUCAAACAAAAAAAGUUUUGCAUUUAAAGAGUUUAUUCUCAAAACAGAUAAGACCUUUUUUGUUGCUUUCAAAAAUCAUUUUUUUAUCAUGUUACUAUGUUUUUAUUGUGUUAGUUUGCUGUUGUCGAAUCAGAGAUUAACUGGUAUGCACAAUUAAAAACUAUUAUUUUUCACAAUUGUUAAAACUAAGUUAUCCGUUUCUGCAAAUUAACUCUUCAUAUAUUACAUUUAGCAUCCGAAUUAUUCUGAUUUAUGUAAAAUAUGAUGUAUGUAAUUUGUUCAUGUAAAAGACUUAUAAACCGAAGCUUGUUUGUCUGUAUAAAAUACUUGAGAGCGUAAGAGCUUUAAACUUAUAGCCCCACACCGUUAAUAUUAGACUGAAAUGGAGGAAGCAUUACGGUGUACUUUGAUACUUGGCUUUGUUUAUGUCCUGCAAAUGUAAUGGCUGAAAUGGCUCUUGUCUGCCUCUCUGCUUCACUCAAUAAAA